AUGGCUCAGAAUCCCCUGCCUUGGCUCCUGCUGGCCUGGAUAGCACUGUCCAGCAUAGCAAGUGGCCAGGGUCGCUGGGACGGGGCUGCAGAAUUGCCAGUUCCUGGAAGGGUGCGGAGGCGAGGCAGCCCAGGUGUCCUGCAGGGGCCGAAUGUGUGUGGCUCUCGCUUCCACGCCUACUGCUGUCCCGGCUGGAGGACGCUGCCCGGAGGGAACCGAUGUGUCAUGCCCCUUUGCCGCCACUCCUGUGGCAAGGGCUUCUGCUCCAGGCCCAACCUGUGCACCUGUUUGGAUGGCACGCUGGCCCCCAGCUGUGGGGGCAGCCAAGGAGUCGGGUGCAGUGUGAGCUGCAUGAACGGGGGCAGCUGUAGGGGGGAGUCCUGCCUGUGCCAGAGGGGCUACGUGGGUACUGUGUGUGGGCAGCCUGUCUGUGACAGAGGCUGUCACAACAGGGGCCGCUGUGUGGGGCCCAACCUCUGUGCCUGUGUGUAUGGCUUCAUGGGGCCGCAGUGUGAGAGGGACUACCAUGCAGGGCCUUGCUUUGUCUACGUGGGCCCCGAGGGCUGUCACCACCAGCUGACGGGCCUCAUGUGCACCAAGAUGCUCUGCUGUGCCACUGUGGGCCGCGCCUGGGGCCUCCCCUGUGCUCUGUGUCCUGCCCAGCCGCACCCCUGCCGGCGGGGCUUCAUCCCCAAUGUCCGGACAGGGGCCUGCCAAGAUGUGGAUGAGUGCCAGGCCAUCCCAGGCCUGUGCCAGGGGGGCAGCUGCAUCAACACAGUGGGCUCCUUCGAGUGCCGCUGCCCUGCAGGACAUCAGCUUAUGGGCAGUGCUAAAUGUGAAGACCACCGGGCUGGCACCUGCUUCUCAGUGAUGAUCAGUGGCCGAUGUGCCAGGAGCCUUGCUGGCCACCACACGCGCAGGCAGUGCUGCUGUGACUCGGGCCAGUGCUGGGCGGCUGGCCCAACCCCAGAGCUAUGCCCUUCUCGGGGCUCCGAUGAGUUCCAGCAACUGUGCACCCAGGGCCUCCCACUGCUGCCCUCCUACCCCGGCCCCUUCCCUCACUUCACAGGCUUCGGGUCCACCAGUAGGGGUCCUGGCCUUGGGGGGCCGGCCCGUCACAGCCAGCACAGCGCCAAUGGGCAGGGGUUUCCCAGCCUGGGCCCCAGUGAUUCCAGCAUUGGCACUGCCACACUCAACCAGACCCUUGACAUCUGCCGCCACUUCACCAACCUGUGCCUCAAUGGCCGCUGCAGGCCCACCCCAACCAGCUACCAGUGCGAGUGCAACCCGGGCUUCACCCAGGACGUGCGAGGGGAGUGCAUCGAUGUGGACGAGUGUACCAGUAGCCCCUGUCGCCAUGGUGAUUGCAUCAACACCCCUGGCUCCUACCACUGCCACUGCCGUGGGGGCUUCCAGGCCACUGUCACCAAGCAGGCAUGCGUGGAUGUGGAUGAGUGCAUUGUCAGUGGGGGCCUCUGCCACCAUGGCCGCUGCAUCAACACAGAAGGCAGCUUCCAGUGUGUCUGUGACUUGGGCUUUGAGCUCACGCCUGACGGCAAGAACUGUGUGGACCAUGACGAGUGCGCCACCACCAGCAUGUGCCUCAACGGGGUAUGUCUCAAUGAGGAUGGCAGCUUCAAAUGUCUCUGCAGACCUGGCUUCCUGCUUGCACCCAGCGGCCGGUACUGCCUGGACAUUGACGAGUGUCAGACUCCCGGGACCUGUGUGAACGGCUACUGCACCAACACGGAGGGCUCCUUCCAUUGCCGGUGCCUGGCUGGACUGGCAGUGGGCGCUGAUGGCCGUGUCUGCAUGGACACCCACAUGCGCAGCACGUGCUAUGGGAUCGUGGACAAGGACUCCUGUGCCCGCCCCUUCCCAGGCGCGGUCACCAAGUCCGAGUGCUGCUGUGCCAGCCUGGACCAUGGCUUUGGGGAGCCCUGCCAGCUAUGUCCUGCCAAGAACUCUGCUGAGUUCCAGGCCCUCUGCAGCAGCGGCCUGGGGACCACCACGGAUGGCAGAGACAUCAACGAGUGUGCCCUGGACCCCAACAUCUGCGCCAACGGCAUGUGUGAGAAUCUGAGGGGUGGCUACCGCUGUGUGUGCAACCCAGGCUAUGAGGCGAGUGCAGAGGGCAAGGACUGCAUAGACGUGGAUGAGUGCGCCCUCAACAGCCUCCUGUGUGACAAUGGACGGUGCUGGAACAGCCCCGGCAGCUACAGCUGCUCCUGUCCCCAAGGCUUCCGCUUCAGGCAGGACAUGAAGAGCUGUGAAGACAUCAACGAAUGCCUCUCUGGCCCAUGUGUGAACGGUGUGUGCCAGAACCUGGCUGGCUCCUACACCUGUGAGUGUGCCCCCGGCAGCCGGCUGGGGCUCUCAGGGACUGUAUGCAUAGACAGCACAAAAGGCACCUGCUGGCUGCAGGUGCAGGACGGUCACUGUGAGGCGAACCUCCACGGAGCCACCCUGCGGGCUGAGUGCUGUGCCACCCUGGGCGCUGCCUGGGGCAGCCCCUGUGAGCCCUGCAAGAUGGACCCUACCUGUGGCCGGGGCUUCGCACGCACAGAGGGCCUCACCUGUACAGAUGUGAACGAGUGCGAAGUCUUCCCCGGGGUCUGUUCCAACGGGCGCUGCCUCAACUCCCCUGGCUCCUUCCAUUGCGACUGUCCCCCAGGUCUGACCCUGGAUUCUACAGGCAGGCUGUGUGUGGACGUGCGCCUGGAGCCCUGCUUCCUGCAUUGGGACGACGAUGAGUGUGGGGCCCCUAUACCCGGCAAGUACCGCAUGGACGUCUGCUGCUGCUCCAUCGGGGCUGCGUGGGGCACCCAGUGCGAUGCGUGCCCAGGGACCAGCUCCCCGGAUUUCGCCAGCCUGUGCCCACGGGGACUGGGCUUCGCCAGCUGGGACCUCCUGUCUGGGCAGCCCUUCUACAAAGAUGUGAACGAGUGCAGAGCGUUCCCGGGUCUGUGCACACACGGCUCCUGCCGCAACACGGUGGGCAGCUUCCGCUGCACCUGCUCGGGGGGCUUUGCCCUGGACGCCCGUGAGCGGAACUGCACAGACAUCGACGAGUGUCGCAUCUCCCCGGACCUGUGUGGUCAGGGCUCCUGCAUCAACACCCCGGGCGGCUUUGAGUGCCAGUGUUUCCAUGGCUAUGAGAACAACUUCCUGCUGAUGAAGAAUUGCAUAGAUGUGGAUGAGUGUGUCCGGGACCCACUGCUCUGUCAGGGUGGUAGCUGCAUCAACACAGAUGGGAGCUACAAGUGCCACUGCCCCACAGGAUACACGCUGACAGCUGAGGGCACUACCUGUGAGGACAUCGACGAGUGCACCCUGUGGGUCAACCUGUGCCCCCAUGGCCAGUGUGUCAAUGUCAUCGGAGCCUUCCAGUGUACCUGCCAUGCUGGCUUCCAGAGCACGCCUGACCGCCAGGGCUGCGUGGAUAUCAAUGAAUGCCUCGUGCGAAACGGUGGGUGUGAUGGAAGCUGUGUCAACACCGAGGGCAGCUACCAGUGCAGGUGUGGGCACGGCUACUCGCUGAUGCCCGACGGCAGGGCCUGUGCAGAUGUGGACGAGUGUGAAGAGGACCCAGAUGUCUGUGAUGGGGGCCAGUGCUCCAACGUGCCCGGCGGUCACCACUGCCUGUGCUUUGAUGGCUUCGUGGCCACGCCUGACAUGCGGACGUGUGCUGAUGUGAAUGAGUGCGACCUGAACCCCCACAUCUGCCUGAACGGGGACUGCGAGAACAUGAAGGGGUCCUUCAUCUGCCACUGCCAGUUGGGCUAUGUCGUCAGGAAGGGGGCUGCGGGCUGUUCUGAUGUGGACGAGUGUGAGCUGGGGAGACACAGCUGUGACAGUCAUGCCUCCUGCCUCAAUGUCCCCGGGAGUUUCAGCUGCAGGUGCCACCCAGGCUGGGUGGGGGACGGCUUCAGGUGUCAUGACCUGGACGAGUGCUCCUUCCAGAAGCAUCAGUGCAGCCUGCAUGCCACCUGUCUCAACACCCCUGGCUCCUACCACUGUGCCUGCCGCGAGGGCUUCACUGGAAACGGCUUCUCCUGUGAUGACAGGGAUGAGUGUGCAGGCCACACGGACCUCUGUGAGAACGGACAAUGCCUUAAUGUCCCCGGCGGGUACCUCUGUGAGUGUGAGAUGGGCUUCCGCCCCACCGAGGACCAGCAGGCCUGCCAGGAUGUGGAUGAGUGCACGCUCCGGAGCCUCUGCAUGUUCGGGAGCUGCGAGAACCUUCCCGGGAUGUUCCGCUGUGUCUGUGAUGAUGGCUACGAGCUGGACCGGAGUGGCGUCAACUGCACAGAUGUCAAUGAGUGCACGGACCCCGUGAACUGCAUCAACGGACUGUGUGUCAACACCCCCGGCAGCUACCUCUGCAAUUGCCCCCCGGACUUUGAGCUGAACCCCAACAGGGUGGGCUGUGUAGACCCUCGAGUUGGGAACUGCUUCUUGGACACGUAUGACCGAGGAGAUGGGGGUCUCUCCUGCGGUGCUGAGAUCGGGGUGGGCAUCCCCCGAGCAUCCUGCUGCUGCUCCCUGGGGCAGGCCUGGGGUAACCCCUGUGAGCUGUGUCCCAUAGCCAACACCACUGAGUACAGAACCUUGUGCCCUGGUGGCGAAGGCUUCCGGCCCAACCCCAUCACUGUCAUCCUGGAAGACAUCGACGAGUGCCAAGAACUGCCAGGCCUGUGCCAGGGAGGUAACUGUGUCAACACCUUCGGGAGCUUCAAGUGUGAAUGCCCACCUGGAUACCACCUCAAUGAGGACACUCGCAUCUGUGAGGACAUCGAUGAAUGCUCCACACACUCGGCCAUCUGUGGCCCUGGCACCUGCUACAAUACCAUGGGGAACUACACCUGUGUCUGCCCUGCAGACUACCUGCAGGUCAACGGUGGCAACAACUGCAUGGACAUGAGGAAGAGCAUCUGUUUCCGGCACUAUAACGGCACAUGUUGGAACGAGCUGUCCUUCAACACCACCCGCAAGACCUGCUGCUGCUCCCACGACAUUGGCCAGGCCUGGAACAGACCCUGUGAGGCCUGCCCCACACCUGCCAGCUUGGAUUAUCAGAUCCUGUGUGGGAGCCAGACGCCCGGCUUCAUCAUUGACAUCCACACAGGGAGGCCCCUCGACAUAGACGAGUGUGGAGAGAUCCCAGCCAUCUGCGCCCAUGGCAUCUGCAUCAACCAGAUCGGGAGUUUCCGCUGCGAGUGCCCCAUGGGCUUCGACUACAACCACCUCCUGCUGAUCUGCGAAGACGUGGAUGAGUGUGCCAGGGUACAGAGUCCGUGCCAACAGAACGCCGACUGCAUCAACAUCCCGGGGAGCUACCGCUGCCCGUGUGCCCGAGGGUACAAGCUGUCAUCUGGCGGGACCUGCGUGGGACGGAAUGAGUGUCAAGAGAUCCCAAAUGCCUGUACCCAUGGCAACUGUGUGGACACAGAGGGCAGCUACACAUGCCUGUGCCACCGUGGCUUCCGGACCUCAGUGGACCAGACCAUGUGCAUGGAUAUCGAUGAGUGUGACCGGCGGCCUUGUGGAAACGGGACCUGCAAGAACAGCAUCGGCUCCUACGACUGCCUCUGCUUCCCUGGCUUCGCAGCGACGCACCGUGGGGACUGCCUGGAUGUGGAUGAGUGCACCACCCUGGUGGGGCAGGUGUGCCAAUUUGGACAGUGCCUCAACACAGCUGGAUCCUUCCUCUGCCUCUGCCAGGAUGGCUUUGAGCUUACAGCAGAUGGGAGGAACUGCAUGGAUGUCAAUGAGUGUCACAGCCUGGUGGGAACCUGCCUGCCAGGAACUUGUCAGAACCUUGAGGGCUCUUUCCGCUGCAUCUGCCCCCCUGGUUUUCAGGUGCAGAGAGACCACUGCAUCGACAUCGACGAGUGCUCAGAGGAACCCAACCUCUGCCUCUUUGGCACCUGCACCAAUAGUCCUGGAAGCUUCCAGUGCCUUUGCCCGGCCGGCUUCAUCCUCUCUGGCAGCGGGCACCGUUGCUUUGACACACGGCAGAGUCUCUGCUUCACCCAGUUCCAGAGUGGAAAGUGCUCAAUACCCAAAGCCUUCAACACAACCAAGGCCCGGUGCUGCUGCAGCAAGCGGCCUGGCGAGGGCUGGGGGACCCCCUGUGAACUGUGCCCUCAGGAGGGCAGUGCUGCCUUCCAGGAGCUGUGCCCCUUUGGCCAUGGGGCAGUGCCUGGCCUGGAUGCCUCUCGAGAAGACGUGAACGAGUGUGUGGAGAGCCCCAGCAUCUGUGCUAAUGGCCUCUGCGUGAACACCGAUGGCUCCUUCCGCUGCGAGUGUCCCUUUGGCUACAGCCUGGACUUCAUGGGCAUCAGCUGUGUGGACACAGACGAGUGUUCCAUCGGGCAGCCCUGUGGGGAAGGCACCUGCACCAAUGUCAUCGGAGGCUUCGAAUGUGCCUGCGCUGACGGCUUUGAGCCCGGCCCCAUGGCGACCUGCGAGGACAUCGACGAAUGUGCCUUGAACCCCCUGCUCUGUGCCUUCCGCUGCUACAACACUGAGGGCUCCUAUGUGUGUGCUUGUCCGGCGGGCUAUGCCCUGCGAGAAGACGGGGCCAUGUGCCGAGACGUGGACGAGUGUGCCGACGGCCAGCAGGACUGCCAGGCCCGUGGCAUGGUGUGCAAGAACCUCAUCGGCACCUUUGCGUGUAUCUGCCCACUGGGCAUGCGAUCCCGGCCAGGCUCUGAGGAUGGAUGUGCAGACGAGGAUGAAUGCCUCGCCCAGCCGGGGCUCUGUGCACAUGGCCGCUGCAUUAACACCAUGGGGAGCUUCCGCUGUGACUGUGAUGAUGGCUUCCAGUCCAGCCCCUCACUCACCGAGUGCCUGGACACCCGACGUGGCCCCUGCUUCUCUGAGGUGCUGCAGGCAGUGUGCCAGGUGCCAUCGAGCAACGGCGAGGCAGUCAACAGGACAGAGUGCUGCUGCACGGGGGGCCGUGCCUGGGGACCCCACUGUGAGCUCUGCCCCCUGCCUGGCACCUCCGCCUACAGGAAGCUGUGUCCUCAUGGCUCAGGCUACACCGCCGAGGGCAGAGACGUGGACGAGUGUCACGUGCUGGCCCGCCUCUGUCCCCAUGGCGAGUGCAUCAACAGCCUCGGCUCCUAUCACUGCCACUGCCAGGCCGGGUAUGUGCCAGACACAGCCUCUACCGCCUGCCUCGAUGUGGAUGAGUGCAGCCAGACCCCUAAGCCCUGUAGCUCCCUCUGCAAAAACACAGCAGGCAGCUUCCUGUGCGCCUGCCCCCGCGGCUACCUGCUGGAAGAGGACGGCAGAACUUGCAAAGACCUGGACGAGUGCUCCUCCAAGCAGCACAACUGCCAGUUCCUGUGUGUCAACACCGUGGGCACCUUCACCUGCCGCUGCCCUCCUGGCUUCACCCAGCACCACCAGGCCUGCUUUGACAAUGACAAAGGCUUGGCCCAGCCUGGCCUCUGUGGCACCCUUGCACAUUGCCACAAUGCCCCUGGCAGCUUCCACUGUGACUGCUAUAGAGGUUUCACCCUGGACAGCUCUGGCCGGGGCUGUGAAGACAUAGAUGAGUGUGACGGGCCACACCAAUGCCAACAUGGAUGCCAGAACGAGCUAGGAGGCUACCGCUGCAACUGCCCCCAGGGCUUCACCCAGCACUCACAGUGGGACCAGUGUGUGGAUGAGAACGAGUGUGCACAUGAGACCUCGGCCUGCGGGAGCGCCUCCUGCCACAACACGCUGGGCGGCUUCCGCUGUGUCUGCCCGGCCGGCUUCCACUUCAGCCGGGCGUUGGGCGGGUGCCAGGAUGUGGAUGAGUGCGCGCGGCGGGGUGACCCCUGCAGCUUCGGCUGUGCCAACACCCCUGGCGGCUUCCUCUGUGGCUGCCCCCGAGGCUACUUCCGGGCUGGGCAGGGGCACUGUGUCUCAGGUCUGGGCUUGAGCUCCACACUCCAUGAUGCCUCAGACGAGGAGCCCUUGUCACCUGAAGGCUGCUACGAGUGCAGGAUCAACAGCCUGGCCCCACAGGACCGGCCACGACGCAGUGCCCACAGGGACCACGAGGUGAGCCUGGCCAGCCUGGACUCAGAGGUUCCACUGGCCUUAGGCCUUAACCUGUCGCACCUGGGCCGGGCCGAGCACAUCCUGGAGCUGCGGCCAGCACUGGAGCAUCCCGCGGGCCGAGUCCGCUACGUCAUCGCCCGCGGAAACGAGCAGGGAUUCUUCCACAUGCAGCACAUCCGAGGCCUGAGUGCCCUGCAGCUGGGCCAUCAGCGGCCAGCACCCGGAACCUACCGGCUGGAGGUGGUGAGCGUGGCAGGGCCCCGGCACGCCAGGCCUGCCGGAGGGCCACGGCUGGGGACCCGGACCUUGAGGCUGAAGGUAGAGCUGCAGCUGCUCUAG